AUGUCUGGCUACAAAACCUUUGCUGUCGCUGGUGCCGGCACGCUCGGCAAGUUCAUCAUCUCCGAGCUUCUGAAGGAGAAGGCAGCAGGGAAGAUCGACAAGGUCGUUGUCCUUACUCGCUCGGCGGAUAACAGCUUCGGCGAUGCCGAGGCGUUGGUCGUCGAUUACUCCUCCCCCGAGUUUCUACAAUCGGCGUUGAAAGGCGUAGAAGUCCUCGUCUGCACCCUCGGCACCACAGCCCUCGCCUUCCAAGAGCCCCUUGCAGAAGCGGCCAAAGCAGCAGGCGUGAAGCUCUUCAUCCCUAGUGAUUUCGCCGGCUACCCCGUCGGGAAGAGCGAGGGAUUGUAUCCGAUCAAGAACUCGUACCGGGAUAUGCUGGAUAGGGUCGGGCUGCCAUGGACGACGUUUGCGACGGGUCCGUUCGGUGACUGGAUCUUCUAUGAGCCGAUGUUCGGGUAUGAUCUCAAGAAUGGGACGGCUGAAGUUGGUGGCACCGGUGACGGCCUUGUUUCGUUCACGGCUCGCCCGGAUAUCGCCCGUUUCGUAGCGCACAUACUCACCACCGUCCCCGCCUCCGAACUGCCUCGCAAGAUCUUCCAAAUGGAGGGCGAGCGGAUCUCUGUGAACGGCGUGAUCACCGGGUACGAGAAGGCGACUGGGAAGAAGAUCGACGUGACACGUGUUCCGAUGGACGUAGUCCACGCGAACCUCGCGAAGGGGGACUUCAAGGCAUUCCUCCAGUUUGUGUUCGAGACGGCUGGGACGACUGGCCCGGCUGAGGAUAUGAACGUGGAUUGGCCAGAUUUCCACCCGAUGAGCGUUGUGGAGUCGCUUCUCGCGAACAAGGAUUGA